AUGCCCGAACAACCAAAAGCCUCUAUGCUGCAAUCGCUGAGGAAUUGGGGAGAGAACUCCGUACCGCCAACACUCCUCGCCACCCUAAUCACAGCCCAACAUGCUCGUCCAUUCCAGUUCUUCCCCAUGACGUUUACACCCGUCUUGCUCUUCUCCUCCUACCUGAACUUGAGCAACUACAAGACCGAUGCUGCCGGUAUCACGGCUGCAUGGAGUGGUCUAUAUGCAUUGCUUGCUAUGCGGAGAAGUCAGGGCAUCAAGAACAAGCUCAGCGCUCGCGGCAUAGUAAGAGGAGGCUCACUCGCUCUGUGCGCCAUCAACGUGGCAGGUUGCGGUCUAGCCUACACAUUCGGCAAGCGGGAAAAGGAAGAGAAGAAAGCAUAG